AUGGAGUUGGGCAAUCUGAUUGGGAAAGCCUUAAAGUUCGAUAUGAAUACCUUAGUCCACUGUGAUAAGCAAAGAACAUUCGUGGAACGGGGUAAAUUCACGAGAGUCAGUGUAGAAGUUGAUCUGACUAAGCCACUUCAAUCGAGAUUCAUUAUUCGGAAGAGGAUAUUCACAGUAGCAUAUGAAGGACCUAAAGUAAUCUGCUUCCAGUGUGGUAAAUAUGAUCAUAAGAAAGAAGAAUGCUCCCUAGCAAGAACGACUCAGAGUGGAACAAUGGAGAACAACCCACCGAAGAAGAAGAUGCAGUCACCGAAAAAUACAACAAAAGCAACGCAGCCUUUGGUCAAUGUGCCAGGAGUUACUUACAAGGAGCAGUACGGAGAGUGGAUGGUUACCCAAAAAACCUUUAGACAAAGACUGGGGAGACGAGAGGCAAAACGAAGAAAUGCAAAUAUCCCUGCAGGUGUAAAUAAGUCAACUGCUUCUGACAAAAAGAAAACUACUGGCACACAGUUUGAAGUACUCCAAGAGGAGAUGAUAGAGACCCCAACAAUGGCGAGUAGUACUACAAACAAGAAAAAGGAGCCUGCAAAAGAAUGGAGGAAAAAAGCAGGAAAAGAACCUAGUACUGAAGAGGCAAGAGAACGGUUGCAAAAUCAACAACAUAUGAACCGAAGCUACUUUGUUUUUGGUGAAACAAGUAUGAGAGGGACAGAAAUCUUAGGAAUGAAGGAGCUGGCAAAUAAGUGUGAUGAAGAAAGAGAAAAAUUAGGGGAUAAUAAGAAGGGCCUUACAAAAGAGAAUAAACAAGGCAAUGCCCAAAUAAAAAGCCCACAGAAGGAGUAG